ACAAGACUCAGGAAAUUCUCUCUCACCAAAACCAACUUACAGAAAAGAAAUUUCCUCUUCUCUCUCUCUCUACGAAACAAAAACCAAAACCUAACUAUUCUUCCUAAGUUCUUGAUCUCAUCUCCGUUGUUUCUCACUUAUAAAAAAAACCCAUUGAUUAUAUAGCUUAUAGUUUGAUCAAAUGGAUACCAAAAUCCACCAAAACGGUCACAGUCACAGCAAUGGAAAUGGAUCAUUAGCAUCCAUCUGUAUCGAAAAUGUUUCUCUAAACAAGGAUCCAUUGAAUUGGGGUUUAGCAGCAGAGUCAUUAAAAGGUAGUCACCUUGAUGAAGUGAAACGCAUGGUUGAGGAAUACCGUAAUCCUAUUAUUAAAAUAGGUGGCGAAACAUUAACAAUUUCUCAAGUUGCUGCUAUUGCUGUCCAAGAAGCUGGUUCUGUGAAAGUCGAGCUUUCGGAGUCUGCUCGUGCUGGUGUUAAAGCUAGUAGUGAUUGGGUUAUGGAUAGCAUGAAUAAAGGCACUGAUAGUUAUGGGGUUACUACUGGUUUUGGUGCUACUUCUCAUCGAAGAACCAAACAAGGAGGUGCUCUUCAAAAGGAACUUAUAAGAUUCUUGAAUGCUGGAAUAUUCGGAAAUGGGAAAGAAUCAACACAUACUUUACCACACUCAACAACAAGAGCAGCAAUGUUAGUAAGGAUCAACACAUUACUUCAGGGGUACUCAGGGAUCAGAUUUGAAAUCUUAGAAGCCAUUACAAAAUUCCUUAAUCAGAACAUCACCCCUUGUUUACCGUUAAGGGGUACCAUUACAGCUUCAGGUGAUUUAGUCCCCUUAUCAUACAUAGCAGGGCUAUUAACCGGAAGACCAAAUUCAAAAGCAGUGGGACCCAACGGUGAAUCACUUAAUCCAGCUGAAGCAUUCAAGCAAGCAGGGAUCAGCGAGGGGUUCUUUGAGUUGCAGCCCAAGGAAGGUUUAGCACUUGUGAACGGUACAGCUGUAGGGUCAGGAUUAGCUUCAAUGGUAUUGUUUGAAGCAAACAUUUUAGCUGUUUUAUCUGAGGUUAUUUCAGCCAUCUUUGCUGAAGUAAUGCAGGGUAAACCAGAGUUUACCGAUCAUCUGACUCACAAGCUGAAACAUCAUCCUGGUCAAAUUGAAGCAGCAGCAAUUAUGGAACACAUUCUAGAUGGAUCAGCUUAUGUUAAGGAAGCCAAAAAAGUCCAUGAACAAGAUCCAUUACAGAAGCCCAAACAAGAUAGAUAUGCACUUAGAACUUCACCACAAUGGUUAGGUCCACAAAUUGAAGUCAUUCGAUCAUCCACAAAAUCAAUUGAGAGAGAAAUUAAUUCAGUUAAUGACAACCCAUUGAUUGAUGUCUCCAGAAACAAAGCUAUUCAUGGUGGUAAUUUCCAAGGUACACCAAUUGGUGUUUCCAUGGAUAACACAAGAUUGGCUCUUGCUGCAAUUGGUAAACUUUUGUUCGCUCAAUUCUCUGAACUUGUCAAUGAUUUUUACAACAAUGGGUUGCCUUCAAAUUUGUCAGGUGGUAGAAACCCAAGUUUGGACUACGGUUUCAAAGGUGCCGAAAUCGCAAUGGCUUCCUACUGUUCUGAAAUGCAGUUUUUAGCUAAUCCUGUCACUAAUCAUGUUCAAAGUGCAGAACAACAUAAUCAAGAUGUUAAUUCUCUGGGCUUAAUUUCUUCAAGGAAAACAGCUGAAGCCGUCGACAUUUUAAAGUUGAUGUCGACUACAUUCUUGGUAGGGCUUUGUCAAGCUAUUGACUUGAGGCAUUUGGAAGAGAACUUGAAGUUGACUGUUAAGAAUACAGUUAGCCAAGUAGCUAAGAGAGUGCUUACCAUGGGUGUCAACGGUGAACUUCAUCCAUCAAGAUUCUGCGAGAAAGAUUUACUUAAAGUUGUCGACCGUGAAUACGUCUUUGCCUACAUUGAUGAUCCAUGCAGUGGUACAUACCCAUUGAUGCAAAAGCUAAGACAAGUUCUUGUGGAGCAUGCAUUGGGUAAUGCUGAGUCAGAGAAGAACUUGAAUACUUCCAUCUUCCAAAAAAUUGCUGCCUUUGAAGAAGAAUUGAAAACCCUUUUGCCUAAAGAAGUCGAGAACACGAGAAGUAAAUGCGAGAACGGAACUGCCGAAAUCCCAAACAGGAUCAAGGAAUGCAGGUCUUAUCCUCUGUAUAGGUUUGUUAGAGAAGAAUUGAAGACAGGGUUAUUAACAGGAGAGAAAGUUACUUCACCAGGAGAAGAAUUUGACAAGGUGUUUACAGCUAUUUGUGAAGGUAAGAUGAUUGAUCCACUUCUCAAUUGUCUUAAAGAAUGGAAUGGUGCGCCACUACCCAUCUGUUAAGAGGUGAGCAAAACCUUAGAAAGCUGAAGAUAGUCUCUCAAAUGUGAAGGUCUCAAGAAUUGUUUUAUCUGUUAUUUAUUUAUUUUCUAUGUUUUUUUUUAAUUAUUCGGAUCAAUUUUCUUUUUCUCCUGUCUUUAUAAGUUUGGUUGGGGUAAGUACUCUAAAAUGUUGCUAAGUAUCCAAGGAAAAAUGUUGUUCCUCGGGGAGAACUUUAUAAAUAUUUAUCUUGAACUUUUUGUUUUUCUAGUGGUACUAUAAAUGAAAGAAUUGUUCACCUUUUUGUAUA